AUGCAUUUCAAGAUAUUCACCUGCUCAAUCGCCCUUGCUACGCUGGCUGUUCCAAGCAUAGCUCAGCAACAUCAUGAAGUAAAGCAAUUUGCUCACCCGGGUGCACUUCAUAGCUCGAAGGACAUCGAACGCAUCAAAUCGCACGUUACGGAAAAGGAUGAGCCAUGGUACAAAGCUUUUCAGCAUCUGUCAACCCGGCCGAUCGCGCAGACUACCUGGAAACCAAAUCCCAAGAAUAUACUCGUACGAUCAGCGACUGGCACUGCCCCUGGAAGUAACCUCACCAACAACUAUCCUUCGGCAUACCGCGAUGCUCACUCUGCCUACGGGCUCGCUCUGAGGUGGUUGGUCACAGGCAACAGCAGCUUCGCUGAUGCCGCGAUCAAAACCUUAGAUGGCUGGGGCAGCACCUUGAGAGGUAUUGACGGCAAUGAAGAUAUGUACCUCGCCGCCGGUCUGUAUGGAUAUCAAUUCGCCAACGCCGCGGAGCUUCUUCGUGACUAUCCAGACUGGCCGAAGAAGAAUCAAACUGCGUUUGGCAACAUGUUGAGCACCGUAUUUGCUCCAAAGAACCAUUACUUCCUGACCACGCAUAGUGGUAAGCCUGACUUUUACUAUGCAAACUGGGAUUUGUGCAAUAUCGCCUCUAUGAUGGCAAUCGGCAUCUUUACCGACAACACGACGAUGUAUAAUUGGGCUGUGGAGACCUUUUUGAACGGUUUGCCAGACAGUAGCAUCGUCAUCAAUGGCGCUCUCCCGUACUUUUCCAUUGCGAACUUCACGGAGGAAGGGAGCGGUAAGACGCUGAUGCAGGGCCAGGAGGCAGGCAGAGAUCAAGGCCACGCAACGUUGUGUUUCGCUCUCUUGGGCGUCAUCGGCCAACAGGGACACAAUCAGGGCGUGGAUCUAUACGGCGCUUAUGGUAAUCAGAUCUUGAAUGGCGCGGAGUAUGCAGGGAAGUUCAACUCCGGGAAUCACUCUGUCCCAUAUACGCCAUACCGCAGCUGGGAGGGUGUACUUGAUGUGGUUUCAGAGAAACAACGCUUUGCCGUCCGGCCGGGAUUCGAGGCCAUCUAUGCGCACUACAACGAUGUCAAGGGAAUGAAUGCAUCCUGGACUAAGGCAUACCGCGAUUUCGUUAAUCAGAAUCUGACUGCGGACAUUGAGGGCGGUGGUGGCGAUUAUGGUCCAAACUCAGGAGGAUACGACGCAUUCGGUCAUGGUACCCUGCUUUAUAGGAUCACAGGCCAGUAG